UUUGAUAUGAAAGUAUUUAAGAAGAGCUCAUCUUCUAUGUGCUGUGUUGUCAGCAGAAGACUCGUCCAGACAAGAAGGUCACCAUGAUGCGCACAGUCCUGUGUGUCUGGAUCUUAUCAGCAACGAUCUGCAUGGGCAGAUGGCACUCAGGCACAGACCAUGACCAUGACUCUGCACAUCCCAGUAAUACCAGCAGUUUGCCAUUGUUCAACAAAGCAAACAACAAGUUUGCCUGCAGUCUGUUCAUGAAGUUGCUUGCUCAGCCUGAGUCAGAGGGUAAGAAUGUCUUCUUCUCACCAAGGAGCGUGUCUAUGGCCCUGUCUGCCUUGGCUACAGGGGCAAAGGGGAACACCCACCAACAAAUCUUCAGUGGUCUGUUCUACGAGAAACUUGGACUGACACAAAAACAUGUAGAUCAGUCCUUUCAUGACAGCCUUGUUUUCGAAAACGAGACAUCCCAUGAUGUCAUCGAUGAAGGAACCGCUGUGUUCGUGGAUGACAACUUCAAGGUGAAGCCUGAGUUUGAGGAGUCCCUGAAGAAGUUUUACUUUGCAGAUGAGUUCAAUGUUGACUUCACCAAAUCAGAAGAAGCUGUCAAUGAAAUCAACAAGUAUGUGAAUGAAAAGACCCACGGAAAGAUAGACCAGUUUCUUACAAGUUUGAAUCCAAACACAAUCAUGUAUCUCCUCAGCUUUAUAUACUUCAAAGGACAGUGGAAAACUGCAUUCAUACCAGAAAACACAAAGGAGGAGCCAUUUUUUGUUAAUGCCACCCAUCAGGUUCCAGUUCAGAUGAUGAAUGUCAUAGAUGAGUUUGACACCCAUUACGUGGACAAUAUCAGCACGUCUGUCCUACGCCUUCCCUUCAAUGACUCUUUCUCCAUGUUGCUGCUGCUGCCUGAAAACAUGGCUAAACUGGAGAAAGAAGCCCUGUGUCAACACAGCUUCACCGAAUGUCUACAAAAAACAACCACAAAAAAGUGUGACGUAUCUCUUCCCAAAUUCUCCAUCAAGACUGAAUACAAGCUGCCAGCCGUGUUGAGUGAAAUGGGAAUGACAGACAUGUUUGGUUCUCAAGCAAAUUUUACUGGCAUCUCAGAGUCUGAGAAUCUGUUUGUCACGGAGGUUACACAUAAAGCCACUCUGGAUGUUGAUGAGGCCGGAGCCACCUCGACAGCUGCCACAGGAGUGGCCAUGGGAAAGACCAUUUUCUUUCCGCUGAAGUUCAAUCGACCAUUUGUGGUCAUGAUAUAUGAAAAUUCUUCAAAGAAUCUCCUAUUUAUGGGCAAGAUUGUGAACCCAACUCUCUGAAAAUGGAAACACUGUGUUCAUUCAAGCACAACACAUUAAAUUCUGAGUACAGUAUUUUGU